AGAACAGCACAGCACCGGUCAGACCAACACCAGCACUGCACGUGAUCAAUAGCAAUAACCUACUUUGUACUGAGACCACAGCCAUUUACAGUGUUGCCUCGACUUGCAUUUUUUUCUCCUGAAGAAACAUUUGCACAGACCUGCAAUAUUUCCCGAGGUCUACAGCUACACAGACGCUUUGAGGAGGCUGCACGUGCCCUUGACUACUGAGGAAGACUAGCAUUAGUAAGCUAAUUAGAGAGCAACAUGUGACAGUCAGAAAAGGACUGAUUGCAAUGAUGUUUCUGAUGACAUCGAGAAGAGUGUGUCCAUAGUAACCGAUACCUGCUGCAACAGAGGCAAACAAACGAUCGCCUUUGCUUCAGUGCCAAGCUCAAAACAUGACAGGAAUGCAACCCGUUUGUGCUGCAUGAGGACCUGGAAAACUGCACAACCUUCGAUUCUAUUUGAGCCUGGCUAAUAUGUAUCGACGAAUGUAUCCAUCCAUGGCCUGCGGAAGAAGAAUCGCUAAGGAUUUAGCAAGCUACAUUGUAGCAGGACGUUAUGUCAGCGCUUGAAACAGCGCAUGGGGGUUUAGGAACGAUUUAACUUCAGAACACCUACCUCGUGUGCUCUUUUCCUAAACAUAGCCUGAUAAGAAAUGGUCAAUUAAACCAGCCACAAUACAGAGAGCCUUGCAAAUAUCGGAUAUUGUAAAUAGCUUAUUGACUUUUAAAUGUAAUCUAACAGCCUACCGACGUUGGAUAAUUGUAUGCCUAAAAUCCAUGUCCAUCUCAGCUGGGCACAAACCUUGAAUGUAAUGUAGACAAACAUUUACCAAAAUGCUACCAGGUUCUAUUCAAAUAACGGGAGAAGCACUGUCGGGAGCUGAGAUCAAGGAUAUUUGUGAAAGCCUGAAAGAUAACAGUGUGAGGCUUCUGUCUAUCAGGGGAUGUCAGCUUUCUGACCGAGACUUCGGACGGGUGUGUCGCGGUGUGACGGAGUCCCACUCACUGACGCAACUCAACCUAAACCUCGGUGUGGUCUCGACCAUCAACCGAACCAAGCAUCUCGCCGAUGCACUCAAGACCAACAGGUCGAUCCAGACCCUUUUGUAAGUAGUAGAUCACAAUUAAUAAGUUGUCUGUUUGAUUGAAUGAUUUAUUGGUCUCAGUUGUUGAUAAUGAUAUGGCUACUGUCGUCUAUUCACUCAUUGUAAUCAGCAUGGGUCCCUCAAUUUGGGAUCCAGUAAAAGCUGUUGCAUGUUGUCGCCAUGGCAUCACAUGUGGGACCUGACCCUAAUUACCAUGAGGAUGAGCAUGAACUCAUGUCAGGCUGUGUGUGUAAACAUGAGUGAAUUAAUUGGAUGGUCUUCACUGGAACUUUUGUAUUGAAUGAUAUUCCACAUUUCUCUCAUUCUCUCCUCCCAUCUCUCAUAUGCCACAGUCUCCAUGGAAGCCCCCUCCUCGAUGCAGGAUUGGUCACACUUAACACUGCUCUUUCCACUCACCCUUUACUGGUGUCUCUGGACCUGGGGGACUGUAUGCUGGGGGACGAGGCACUGCGGCUAAUCUGUGGCAUGCUGCCUCCGGAUGGGGCCAAAUCAGGUAGAGGCACGCAACACUGCCCUCAUUUAUACUGAGGUAUCGGACUCUGAACCUGCGUGCCGACUGAGGGGCUGGAAACAAUAGGCUAGAGUAGAGGUUCCUCUCUUGUUAGUGUGUGUAGGGAAAAUGGAAGCAGAAAGUGAAACACAUAUUUUAGUAUAGAAAAUACAGUCCAGACAAAUUGCAACUUGUAUAGGCUUUAUAGAGCAUUCAUCAAGUUGUUGUUAACACUACAUAGCUCCGUCACAAUAUUUUUUCCAUCCUUUAUGUAGCAUGACGUGCUUAUGAGUGAUUUCUGAAGCAUCUUUUAUAGGCCCUAUAAAGGGCUUUAUGAAGGCAUUAUGUUUACAAUUAGACUCAUUUUACAUGCUAAUAUAGUAAAACAUACACUGUGUAUAGUCAGAGCCUUUAAUAUAUGGUUAUAUUCGACUCUGGCUAUAGUUAGUUGGUCAUUUGAUGGUGAUAGACUGCCUGUCCCACAGGUCUUAGGGAGCUGACUCUGAGUGCAAACCCCAGCAUCACCACAAAGGGCUGGGCCCGCUUGGCCAUCGCUGUGGCCCAUAGCUCCCAGCUCCGAGUCCUCAACCUGGACUACAACCCCCUGGGUAAGAACCAAUCACCAGGACACAAAACCAAUUACUGUACUUUAUAUCAGUGAAUUUCUUUAUAUGGAAUCUGCUUGUAUGGAAUCAGGUUCUUAUUAACAUUUUAAAGGAAUAUUACACUCAACCACAAGUGUUGCCAUAAAAAUACUUAAUCAAUAUGAACUACUGUGAACUUCAAGUCUUGGAACAACAUUAAUGUGUUAUCAUGUGUAAUGGGCCCAUUUCAGAGGUGACGCAAUCUUGAGUUACCUAUGAUGUCCACUUUAUGGGCCAGUUGCCUCCCGCAUUACCCAAUAAUAUUUUUUAUCUCCAUGACAACGACCUGGCUGCUUGCACUAGAGAGAAAGAGAAAUAGGAAAAGAGGUCAUCUGAAGAACAUAAUGUCCCAAGUUAUGUUAAAAUUACAUUUUAGAGGGCAUAGGCCUGCUUGAUACUCAAUUAUAGGGCUAUGGUCAUUUUGGGGCAAGUAUACAGGGUAAAACAUUUGGGUUCCAUUUCAUCCACCUGAAUUAUGGGGAUCAAUGACACUUCUAAUGACUGGCACAUGCAUGUGCCUUUAUCAUACUGUAGCAAAUUCUGGGAGUAGCCCAGACCAGGACUCGAACCCGGGUUCAGUAACUGUCAACCCAACACCUUAGCUGUUACGCCAAGAGAUCCGAAUCCCUUGACGAGGUCACUAGGUGUUGGCUUAAGGUGGUUACACUAUACCAAGUCCCUCAUUUGAACUGCCCCUCCAAUGGCCUCACGGGCGCCAUCCCACUUCUGACACCAAUGUAUCGAACACCGUGGUUAGCCCCAACUGGGACUUGAACCCGGGUCCAGCUGUUACGACAAGAGAUCCAAUCCCCUUGAUGAGGUCGCUAGGUGUUGGGUUAAGGUCACUACAAUACUUAUACUGUUGAAAAGAUGUGCAUACGCCUGAUGAAGGUGAAAGCCGAAAUGUACACUCAGUGGCCAGUUUAUAAGGUACGCCCAUCUAGUACUGGGUCGCAUCCCCCUGUAGCCAUGAAGGGAUGCACCUGGUCAGCAACAAUGUUCAGAUACGCUGUGGCAUUCAAAUGUUGCUCAAUUGGUAUCAAGGGACCUAACGUGUGCCAGGAAAACAUUCUCCACACCAUUAAACUACUGCCACCAGCCUAUACUGUUGACACCAGGCAGGAUGGGGCCAUGGACUCAUGCUGCUUAAGCCAAAUCCUGACUCUGCCAUCAGCAUGACGCAACAGGAACCGGGAUUCGUCGGACCAGGCAAUGUUUUUCCACUCCUCAAUUGUCCAGUGUUGGUGAUCGCGUGCCUGCUGGAGCCACUUCUUCUGGUUUUUAGCUGAUAGGAGUGGAACCCGGUGUGGUCGUCUGCUGCAAUAGCCCAUCCGUGACAAGGACCGACGAGUUGUGCGUUCCGAGAUGCCGUUCUACACACCACUGUAGUACUGCACCAUUAUUUGCCUGUUUGUAGCCCUCCUGUUAGCUUGCACGAUUCUUGCCAUUCUCAUUCGACCUCGCUCAUCAACAAGCUGUUUUCGCCAACAGGACUGCCGCUGACUAGAUGUUUUCUUCUUUGUCACACCAUUCUCUGUAAAGCCUAGACACGGUCAUGCGUGAAAGCCCAGGAGGCAGGCCAUUUCUGAGAUACUGGAACUAGCGCGUCUGGCACCCACUGUCAUACCAUGCUAAAAGUUGCUUAGGUCACUCGUUUUGCUCAUUCUAACAUUCUAUCGAACAGUAACUGGAUGCCUGUUUGCCUGCUUUAUAUAGCAAGCCAUGGCCACAUGACCUACUGUCUGUAGGAGCCAGCCAUUUUCAUGAACGGGGUGGUGUACCUAAUUAACUGUAUAUCAGCUUUAUGCUGUUGGAAUAAAUUAACUAUUUAUGCAAAUACUAACCUGUGUGUGGUCAAAAUCUGUUGUUCUGGGUCAAUGGCACCAAUCACAUCAAUCAGCUUUCUGUAAUGCUCAGAUGACAAACUCACCUUCUGAACUCACUCAUGUUUUGGUUGUGUUGGGAUUCCAGGGGACCAGAUUGCUGGUAUGCUAGCAGUGGCUGUGGCAUCCAGCAGAACUCUGGAGGUGUUGGAUCUGGAGGGAACAGGACUCACAAACCAGUCAGCCCAGGUCUGUAGCGUCACCAACAUCACCACUAGAGCAUAGUCAUCUGCACCACUGAGUGUGUGGAAAAAGCAUUACAAAGAAAGUGAGAAGAAAUCUGAUGUAUACUGAACAAAAAUAUAGAACGCAACAUGUAAAGUGUUGGGUUCAUGAGCUGAAAUGAAAACGUAUUUCUCUCAAAUUUUGUGCACAAAUGUAUUUAAGUUGCUGUUAGUGAUCAUUUCUCCUUUGCCAAGAUAAUCCAUCCACCUGACAGGUGUGCCAUAUCAAGAAGCUGAUUAAACAGCAUGAUCAUUACACAGGUGCUCCUUGUGCUGGGGACAAUGAAAGGCCACUCUAAAAUGUGCAGUUUUGUCACACAACACAAUGCUACAGAUGUCUGGAUGCAGGAAUGUCCACCAGAGCUAUUGCCAGAUAAUUUAAUGUUAAUUUCUCUACCAUAAGCCACCUCCAACAUCAUUUUAGAGAAUUUGGCAGUACGUCCAACCUGCCUCACAACCGCAGACCACGUGUAACCAUGCCAGCCCAGGACCUCCACAUCCGGCUUCUUCACCUGCGGGAUGGUCGGAGACCAGCCAGCCGGGACAGCUGAUGAAACUGAGGAGUAUUUCUAUCUGUAAUGUUUGGAAAAACUCAUUCUGAUUGGCUGGGCCUGGCUCCCCAGUGGGUGGGCCUAUGCCCUCCCAGGCCCACCCAUGGCUGCUCCCCUGCCCAGUCAUGUAAAAUCCAUAGAUUAGCCUAAUUAAUUUAUUUCAAUUGACUGAUUUCCUUAUAUGAACUGUAACUAAAAUAAAAUAGUUGCGCUUAUUUUUGUUCAGUAUAGCCCAAAUAAAGGCUUCACAGAGUUCAAGUCGCAGACACAUCUCAACAUCCACUGUUCAGAGGGGACUGUGUGAAUCAGGCCUUCAUGGUCGAAUUGCUGCAAAGAAACCACUACUAAAGGACACCAAUAAUAAGAAGAGACCUGCUUGGGCCAAGAAACACGAGCAAUUGACAUUAGACCAGUGGAAAUGUGUCCUUUGGUCUGGUCCAAAUUUGAGAUUUUUGGUUCCAACCGCUGUGUCUUUGUGAGACGCGGUGUGGGUGAAUGGAUGAUCUCCGCAUGUGUAGUUCCAGCAUGGAGGAGGAGGUGUUAUGGUGUGGGGGUGCUUUGCUGGUGACACUGUCUGUGAUUUAUUUAGAAUUCAAGGCUCACUUAACCAGCAUGGCUACCACAGCAUUCUGCAGCGAUGUGCCAUCCUUCCAUCUGAUUUGGGCUUAGUGGGACUAUCAUUUGUUUUUCAACAGGACAAUGACCCAACACACCUCCAGGCUGUGUAAGGGCUAUUUUACCAAGAAGGAGAGUGAUGGAGUGCUGCAUCAGAUGACCUGGCCUCCACAAUCCCCCGACCUCAACCCAAUUGAGAUGGUUUGGGAUGAGUCGGACGGCAGAGUGAAGGAAAAGCAGCCAACAAGUGCUCAGCAUAUGUGGGAACUCCUUCAAGACUGUUGGAAAAGCAUUCCAGGUGAAGCUGGUUGAGAGGAUGCCAAGCGUGUGCAAAGCUGUCAUCAAGGCAAAGGGUGGCUAUUUGAAGAAUCUCAAAUAUAAACGCUCAUUCCUUCGACGAUAAACACGAAUCCGACCAUCACCCCUGGUGAAACAAAACCGCGACUCGUCAGUGAAGAGCACUUUUUGCUAGUCCUGUCUGGUCCAGCGACAGUGGGUUUGUGCCCAUAGGCAACGUUGUUGCCGGUGAUGUCUGGUGAGGACCUGCCUUACAACAGGCCUACAAGCCCUCAGUCCAGCCUCUCUCAGCCUAUUGUGGACAGUCUGAGCACUGAUGGAGGGAUUGUGUGUUCCUGGUGUUACUCGGGCAGUUGUUGUUGCCAUCCUGUACUUGUCCCGCAGGUGUGAUGUUCGGAUGUACCGAUCCUGUGCAGGUGUUGUUACACGUGGUCUGCCACUGCAAGGAUGAUCAGCUGUCCGUCCUGUCUCCCUGUAGCGCUGUCUUAGGCGUCUCACAGUACUGACAUUGCAAUUUAUUGCCCUGGCCACAUCUGCAGUCCUCAUGCCUCCUUGCAGCAUGCCUAAGGCACGUUCACGCAGAUGAGCAGGGACCCUGGGCAUCUUUCUUUUGAUGUUUUUCAGUGUCAGUAGAAAGGCCUCUUUAGUGUCCUAAGUUUUCAUAACUGUGACCUUAAUUGCCUACCGUCUGUAAGCUGUUAGUGUCUUAACGACCGUUCCACAGGUGCAUGUUCAUUAAUUGUUUAUGGUUCAUUGAACAAGCAUGGGAAACAGUGUUUAAAGCCUUUUACAAUGAAGAUCUGUGAAGUUAUUUGGAUUUCUACGAAUUAUCUUUGAAAGACAGGGUCCUGAAAAAGGGACAUUUUCUUUUUUUGCUGAUUUUAUAUACUACCGUUCAAAAGUUUGGGGUCACUUAGAAAUGUCCUUGUUUUCGAAAGAAAAGCAAUUUUUUUGUCCAUUAAAAUAACAUCUAAUUGAUCAGAAAUACAGUGUAGACAUUAAUGUUGUAAAUGGCUAUUGUAGCUGGAAACGGCUGAUUUUUAAUGGAAUAUCUACAUAUGCGUACAGAGGUCCAUUAUCAGCAACUGCGUUCCAAUGGCACGUUGUGUUUGCUAAUCCAAGUUUAUCAUUUUAAAAGGCUAAUUGAUCAUUAGAAAACCCUUUUGCAAUUAUGUUAGCACAGCUGAAAACUGUUGCGCUGAUUUAAAGAAGCAAUAAAACUGGCCUUCUUGAGACUAGUUGAGUAUCUGGAGCAUCAGCAAUUGUGGGUUCGAUUACAGGCUCAAAAUGGCGAGAAACAAAUAACUUUCUUCUGAAACUCGUCAGUCUAUUCUUGUUCUGAGAAAUGAAGGCUAUUCCAUGCGAGAAAUUGCCAAGAAACUGAAGAUCUCGUACAACCUGGUGUGGUCGUUUAAAACUUCCAUGCCUCUUCUCAAAUGUGGUGGCCAUUUUUACUAAUGCCAAUCAUCAAUUGAAAAAGUAUAAAUAAGCUAAUUAACUUUCAUUUAUUUUCAUUAAUGUUAUGGAGGUAGCUUUUCACCUCCCCUCUUAUGGUUUCAUGACAUUUAAUUACCUUUAAUGUGAAUGUGAACAUUUUGUUCUUUUGCAAUCCCACCUAUUCUGUUGAUAGUAAAUUUGAUUCUGUAGUUAUAUCCACUAGGUGGGGCUGCUGCAUAUCAAAUCGCCCAAUUUAACGGUCAUCAUAGCAAAGCCCUGUUCCUCUCAUGGUCUAAUUUCAAAGUCAGUCCGCUUUCGUAGGAGAUGAAAAAGGGGCUUUCAUGUGCAUGCAGAUGAGUGUGGAACAACAGGGGUGGGAGUGCUGAACAGAGCCUUGGGCUAGCAUACCAAAGUCACCGUCUGGUGGCUGCGAGGCCUCCUCAGUCUUUGAUCAAAGUAAACUUCAUCUAGACAGGCAGCUCCUUCUUAGUCUCCCUCCCACACCCUCACUGGUAUUGACCCAUAACCCUGAAUCUAAUUUGCUGUGAAGAUGUGCUUACCACACUCCGAUACUCUUCUCUCACAAAACACUUCGCCAGCUGUGGCCUGUUCACUGGCAAGUGCAAAUGAGAAGUGCUCAAGGCUUAUGGACAACUUAUCAAUUUCAACAGACUUUCAAUAAAUUGUCUAGCUACUAUGUCUCUCUCCAGUCUAAAGCUAGCUGAUUUAUAAAGAGACUAGCCUUGACAUGUACUUCACACUAAGAAAAAACGUCACUGCUUUUGAGACGGAUACUAUGAAUCUGAACAACUAUCUGAGCAAACAAAUAAAUACACAUUUUGACAUUGAAGUGACUUGUUACGUGCCGAAGUAAUUCAAGACGAACAAACCACAUAUACUGGACAAAAAUAUAAACGCAACAAUUUCAAAGAUUUUACUGAGUUACAGUUCAUAUAAGGAAAUCUAUGGAUUUCACAUGGCUGGGAAUACAGAUAUGCAUCUGUUAGUCACAGAUACCUUAAAGUAAGGGGCAUGGAUCAGAAAAUCAGUCAGUAUCUGGUGUGACCACCAUUUGCCUCAUGCAGCCCGACACAUCUCUCACAUAGAGUUGAUCAGGCUGUUGAUUGUGCGAAGUUGCUGGAUAUUGGCGGGAACUGGAACACGCUGUCAUACAUGUCGAUCCAGAGCAUCCCAAACAUGCUCAAUGGGUGACGUCUGGUGAGUAUGAUGGCCAUGGAAGAACUGGGACCUUUUCAGCUUCCAGGAAUGGUGUGCAGAUCCUUGCGACACGGGGCUGUGCAUGAUCAUGCUGAAACAUAAGGUGAUGGCGGUGGAUGAAUGGCACAACAAUGGGCCUCAGGAUCUCGUCACGGUAUCUCUGCAUUCAAAUUGCCAACAAUAAAAUGCAAUUGUGUUCGUUGUCCGUAGCUUAUGCCUUCCAAUACCAUAACCCCACCGCUCAGCAAACCGCUCGCCCACACGACGCCAUACACAUGGUCUGCGGUUGCAAGGCCGGUUGGACGUACUGCCAAAUUCUCUAAAACGAUGUUGGAGGUGGCUUAUGGUAGAGAAAUGAACAAUCAGUUCUUUGGCAACAGCUCUGGUGAUGUUUCUGCAGUCAGCAUGCCAAUUGCACGCUCCCUCAAUUUGAGACAUCUGUGGCAUUGUGUUGUGUGACAAAACUGCACAUUUUAGAGUGGCCGUUUGUCCCCAGCACAAGGUGCACCUGUGUAAUGAUCAUGCUGUUUAAUCAGCUUCUUGAUAUGCCACGCCUGUCAGGUGGAUGGAUUAUCUUUGCAAAGGAGAAAUGCUCACUAAUAGGGAUGUAAACAAAUUUGUGCACAAGAUUUGAGAGAAAUAAGCUUCUUUGGGAUCUUUUAUUUCAGCAAAUGAAAAUUGGGACUAACACUUUACAUGUUGCAUUUAUAUUUUUGGUUAGUGUAAAUGUAAGUUCACAACCUCGAAUAAAAAUGCCCACUGGCAUGCAGAACUCUACCUACAAAGUCCUCUUAUCAACCCCUACUGUAGCCUAUCGGUGCUCCAUGACAGAGUCUCCCUCCCCUGUGCCCUCAGGUCUUCCUGGACAUGGUGGAGAACUACCCCACCUGUCUGCGCGUGCUGGUCCUGGCAGAGAACGCCAUCAACCCCGAGCUGCAGCAGCAGAUCUCAGACCUGCUCUCCGAGGGAGAAGAGGAGGACGACAAAGAGGGCGAGGCACGAGGCAGCGCUGCCAUCCCCACCAGGGAGAAAACCACCUGGGUCCCCCACAGCAGUAAGGGCUGACCUGGCCAACCAAAACACUCUCCUUCCCUGUCCCUUCUUAGUCAUAGUCUAGACAGGACAGUUCCACUGGGGUGUUCUGUUCUGGAGUCUUGCAGAUUGAAAAUAAAUCGUUUUGUAUAAUUAGCUGCUAUAAACCUGAAACAUCUGUAAAAGUGAUGACCUAAAAUAAAUAACUCUCUACAAACUAACUAACCAGUUUGCUUAAGAAUGAGGCCUGUUCCCAUUUCCGGAGUGCUUUAGAGUAGACUGGUAGUCAGAUCUGUUUGUGCUUUGGCCAACUUGUUUGUUGUCUUUCCGUACAAGGCUAAAGUACCCUACAGAUGUGGCGACCAGGCUAGCUGUGGAGUUAUAGAAGUCCUAAACCCGUUUCCGUUGUCUCUGCCCCUUGCAGACUCCCACCCCCAGAUGGUCCUGCUGACGUCAGGUCUAGGUGAGAGCCUACUGGCUGAGACUGAGAUGUGAUUCCACAGCCUUCCUAACUUUUUGGUUUUUACCUCUUUUCUUUUUGCUAGUCUGCACAUAAUUGAGUUUCCAAGAUCACCUAGUAGCGUGCAACCAAUUACACUUUUUGCAUGAUCUGUUGCACUUUUACAUAACAGAAUACGUUUUGGAGCAGGCACAAAACCCUUAACACACACACACACCAAGUGACUUAUAGGCAAUAGUGAAUUAUUUAUUUUAAACAUGCACAGUCUAUUUAUAGUUCCUAUUUAAAGGUUAUGUAACCAAUACAAGUCUGUAUGCUCUGAUAUGAUGGAUCGACUAUCUAGGAUUGUUGUGAUGGUCUGAUGUCAGAAUAAAUCUGUUUACAUCUUCUUAAAAAUGUUUGGAUUCUAGUGUUUCCUGAUUGGAAUAGCCUACUUAUUCAUGCAAAAAACUAAUUGGCA